AUGGAUUGGUAUAAAAAAUUCCUGAUCAUUGCCGUUGCCUUUUUGGCCUGCGCCAUGGCGGAUGUUUCGGAGCUGGGUGAACAGGGCUACAAUUAUCCACAGCCGGCGGCGCCAGCACCUGCACCUGCCUACAUUCCCCCACCACCUCCACCACCACCACCGGCACCAAAGAACACCUAUAUCCCUCCUCCUCCUGCUCCGGCCAAGGCAUACAUUCCUCCUCCAGCCGCUCCAGCCAAGGCCUACAUCCCACCCCCACCUCCACCACCACCACCAGCACCUAAGAACACCUACAUUCCCCCUCCUGCAGCUCCCGUAGCUCCCGUCAACACCUACAUUCCCCCUCCUGUUGCCCCCAUCCAGGCUGAGCAGCCCAUCUUCGAUGAGAUCGAGCAGCCCGCUCAGGAUGGUUACCGCUACAAGACCGUCCGUCGUCGUGUCUUCCGUCACCGCAACUAA